AUGAAAGGGAAUUGGUAUUAUCUGCCCGUGGAGAUCCGCGCAAUGAUAUUGGAAGAAGUUGCUCGGCAACGGCAUUGCGGCUGGGCUUCUUUCGCUGCUGUCUCUCGGGAGUGGCAAGCAGUAUUAGAGCCCAGGAACUUCCUCACCCUCAAACUGCGAAUCUCAUGUCUGGAGGACAUGGAACAUAUGAUCAAUCGGUCAGCUCAUAUGGUUCGUCGUAUCUGGCUGCAUAUUGAACUGCCACGAUACACCUGCCGUAGCUGUCUGGGGAUGGAGUCAAAAUCUUGGAGCUACCGCCAUAAUAACAUCGUCAAAGACGCCAUCGUCAAACUGUUCUCAAUACUCUCCUCUUGGAAGCCCAGGGACCGGUUGGUGUUGGAACUAAGUGGCUACACACCCAGUGACAUGGAGCACAAGUUGAAUCCUCGUGCUUUUGAGCCAGGGUCCCACUUUCAUGAUCCCAAACAUGACUGGCAUAAUGGUAUUCAGACGUGGCUAACCGACUGUGAUAUACGGCGACUUUUUUCCUCGUUCUUCCAUAGACCACCAGAAGAGCUUCUCCAGGUUCCUGCAGUCACAGAUCUCGUGAUGCGUCGCCGAUUUCGGCGACAUAUGCAUCCGGCGGGAGUACGGCGUAUAGUAGAGUGUCUCCCUCGACUGCAGAAUUUGGUGUAUGAGCCAUGGCGUCACUGUGACAUGAGACUCAAAGCUACUCGCGACACUGGUAUGUAUAUGGAGGCUAUGAUAAUAUCCAUUCUGGAAGACUUUAAUGAGGAUGUCCAGUUGGGAUUGGUUGCUGGUGGAGCUGUACCUGCCUACGAAGACUUCCCCUUCUGCUUUGAGUUGGCCGGUGCUCUUGCCCUUCGGAGUUGCAGCCUCGAUCAUCUCUCUGUUUCAUACAUGCUCUGUGCUCGUCAAUUUUUUGAGAAUUGUCGGCACAGCUACAACUGGGAACACCUUCAGUCAUUAGCUCUAACAUCACCCUCUCUAACCCCCACCGGGAAUAGAGAGCUUAUCAAUGGGCUGCUUCUCACUGCCGGUCGGGCCGCGCUGAGAAUGCCGAAGCUGGAGGACUUGGCGCUUUGGAAUGGGAAAAGGGGGGAGUCGUGCGCUUUCAUUUAUCACAAGGGGAGGCAGACUCGGGAUGAAGCCUCGCUGACGUGGCGCGGAACCUGGGACUUCAACCUGGACGAAGUUGCAACAUGGUGGCAGCGAAAUCUUGCCGCGGUACAAGUGAGGUAUGAGCGACUACAAAAGGAAGUCAUCCACUCCCACGGCGACGCCAUCUACUAUUUGCGCCUGCCACGGGACGUGAUCGAUCCAGAAUCACUGCGGCAGAUACGCCAGGAGGGGAUGCUAGGUGGCGCUGCAGCGUUUCACGGUGUUAUUGGUGAAGCCACAGAGCUAUGA